AACAAAAUAAGUUUAAAUGCCAAACGUUGUCAUUUAAAAUCAUGUACUUAUAUUAGUACUUACAUGUAUUUGUGUUAAAUGGAGUGGUGCUUCCAAUCUUUAUAAAGUGAAUCAGAUGCGACAGAUUGUUACACUAGCUGAAGCGGUAAACAGUUUCAUUUGCAUGCAAUCGUAAAAAUGGGAUGCUGUAUCUCAAAAUCAACUGUACAACCAGUUACUGUAGAUAAAAGUCAAAAUUUCAGAUAUAAAAAUGUGACUUAUGAUCUGAAAAUCACAUAUAAUGACCUGAAACCAAUAGACGACCAUGCAUUGCAGACGCCAAAGUCAGUUGAAAACUCCAUCAACGAACUUGCUGACUACCUGGCAAAACCAGCUAAAAGUGAACUAGAGACCAUUCGAUCUUUUUAUGUUUGGAUCUGUAAUAAUAUCAGCUACAACACAACAGCUUACUUUAGUGGGACAUCUGCAGUCACCGAAGCUAGUGGUGUUUUAAAAUCGAAAAGUAGUGUAUGUGAAGGAUAUGCCAAUCUCUUCCAAGCCCUCUGUGUAGCUAAAAACAUAAAGUGCAAAAAGAUCAGUGGCUUCGCAAAGGGGUAUGGUCAUCAACUUGGAACCAUCUUAUCUUAUCAAACCAACACAGAUCAUGCUUGGAAUGUUGUUUUUGUUUCCGGAAAAUGGAGAUUUAUAGAGACAACAUGGGGAUCUGGUCAUAUUGAUGAAAAUGGAGCUUUUGUAAAGAAUUUUUCAAAUUUCUUCUUUCUAACAAAGCCAGAACAUUUCAUAGAAGAUCAUUAUCCUUACAUCAAUAAUGAUAUUGAGGGAAGCAAAGAAUGGCAACUUCUAAAACAAAUAUUUUCACUUGAAGAUUUUUCAAAAUCUUUGAAAACAACGAAAUAUGCAAGAGAUUGGGGUGUUAUAUUUUCUUCUCAUAGAUAUGAAGUUGUCAAAGUUGACAAGAAGGCUUCAAUAUCAAUGGAAUCGAAGCAAAACACUUUGUCAAAAGUGAGUGUAAAUCUCUACAGUAGUAGUAGAAAACUUUGCAACGAAUCUGUAGUAAUGAUAAAGGAUAACUUUUCAAAAUACACAGUCAUCGUGAGGCCAAAGGAAAUUGGAAAGUAUACACUUAAAGUAUUCGGUACGAUUGAUCAAUCACAAAAUGUCAUGCCGCAACUGACAGAGUAUAUGAUAGAAUGCACGUCUACAGAAGACGAAUUCGUGCCUUAUCCAGAACAUAAUGGAUUCUAUGGACCAUCUACUGAUUUUAAACUGCGAGGCUUUGCUAGUUCCGAGUCGAUUUCAGCAUUUCAAAUAUGUCAAAAUGGCGAAUUUGAAUUAACAAUGAAGACGAAUAAGACAUUCAAGUGUUCCGCAGAUAUAUUUGAAACAGACGGAAGCAGAAGCUCAGAUUUUGUCAUGGUUGAACAAUCGAAUAGUUCAGUUUGUGUAAAAGCACGUUUUGUAAGUAAGGGAUACUACAAAAUUACACUCUUUAGUGAGUUUGAAGGCAGCGACACAUAUAGUGUAGCGAUGAAUAUUCUGGUUCUGAACAAAAAAGCAGCAAAAAUUCCAACUCCAUUUCCUCACACAUACUCUACUACAGCUGAAUACAAUUGCCAUCUUAUUGAGCCUAUUGCACGUAAUAUCCCUUCCAACUCAAAUGUUCUUUUUGUAAUGUCUUCUCCUGUGAUUCAAGAACUCUUAAUUGAUGGCAAGGUGUAUAAAAAAGAAAACGAUCAAUUAUGGAACAUUACUUUAAAAACGGGUGGCUCAGGUGUCGUUACUGUAUCUGCAAAAACAGACAACAAUGUAAACAGUUAUUCCUACAUAUACCAAUAUGUGGUAGAUUGAAGUACUCAAAUAUUCAUUUAUUUGAAUUACAUCUAAAUACUAGAGUAAAAUUAUUUUUUAAAGGAUCGUUGUUACUGCUUAAUAUGUACUUUUUCAAUAUCUAAUGUGACGUCCAUAUAUCGUUUUUAAACAAAGCCGUGUUUUAUUUAGCACAAAAUAUAUUUGACACAUGCGCAAAAACUUACUAUUUACAUUCCUGUUUUUUUCAUUUUUAUAUUGAUAUAAUAUAUAAAUAUAUUCUUGUGUCUUAAAUAUAAGUUUAUGUACUCUCCUACGCCAAUUAUAAAAUAUAGUCAAAUACAAUGCCUUCCCAUGCUAAAAUGAGCAUAGAUCAUGACAUGAAGAAAUUAUUUCGUAAAUAAAUCUCAAACGGUGAUUUCUUUUGUAAUAAGACAAUAAGUGUCAUGCAGGGCACAUGUUAAUCUAAUUAUCAAGACAACAUGUAUUUUUUCUUUUUAAAAUUAUACGCAUUAAUGCAAACGAAGGUGUUUUGACUGCGAAACAUCAAACAUAAAUCAUCCAAUCUAAAAUUCGACUGGCGAUCGAAAACAAACAUUGAAACAACUAUCCCUUUGUUCCCUGUUGCAUAACACAUCACAAGAAUUCUUCGCUCCAUUUGUAUUUAGCUAAUUAUAAAUGAAAGAUUCAUCAAAAUUGUUGUAUCAUAUAAUAUCACCAAUAUUUCGGUACAGAUACGCAAUUCAUUUCAGGUAGUCGGUAUUGGUAGCCUUUUCCGAAAUCCCUCUGUCCAUAUCUUUAACUUGUAAUUGGAUGUGUAUGAUGGCUCGUUUCAAAGAUAAGACAUGUUGACAUAUGGGGUUAAACUUUCUGGGUACGAAUUGAGGUAUAUUUCUCACUAAAUAAGGGCAUCUCGAAAAUCGUUUAAUGAUGUGGCUUCUCCAUGUAAACAAUUCUUUUUCACAAUUAUUUCUUUGAAAAACUACAUCGACGUCAUCCGUAUAUAUAUGUUUGAUUGAACAUGAGUUUUGUCAUGAUGUAUUUGUGACUAAAAAUGUAACAGAAUUAUUUCUUAUUUACAUUUUGGGUGAACAAUGUGAUUUCUGUAAUAUCAUAAUUUAGUAUACAUGCACGAGAAGGAUUGUGCCUGAUAUUCAUAUGAUGAAGACAUAAUCUUUCAAUCAGUUAAAUUGAAGUCUGGAGCUGGAAUGGCAGC